CGACUUGAGUCACGUUGACUCUGACCUACCAUGACCCUUUGACUUGAAUCCCUUUUUUUUCAUUGACUCGUGUAUGAAAUAAAGGGUCCACGUAAAACAUCAAGAUGGCCAUUCUCCUUGGAGGUAGAGCCUUCGGACCAAGGACAACACGUAGCUUUCGACGCUGCCUUAGCUCCGCAACCGUCAUCAGCAUCCCAAAGGCCGAUGUAUACCGCUUUGGAGACGCGAACUGCGGAUAUCGCCUCAGCCCACCACCGCCUGGAGGUCUCUUUCCUUUUCUCUUUCCUAGGGAUCCACAGAUGCACGUUUCUGUAGUCUCGUUCGGUAACCGACGUCGCAGCAGUGGAGGCGCCUUCUACGACUAUACGGCCCGCUAUGGCGCCGUUCAAGAAGAGGACCGCAUAACCCUCCGUCAGCACAUGUUCCCAGAAACCCUAAACGUUGACGUAGUCCCUCCCGAACUUCGUGAUCCUUCCAGCCAAGUUCAGGUUCAAGUUGAAAUCUCAGCUGAGAAGCAGCAGCUCUUCGAUGACCUUGUGGAACGGAUGGGUCUCCAGAAGUACUUGGAUCUCCCUCUCAUCGCGUUAAGUAAUGGCCAGACGCGUCGGGCGCGUAUCCUCAAAGCUAUAUGGACUCAACCCGAGCUCCUUCUUCUAGACGAGCCUCUUACUGGGUUGGAUGUCCAAAAUCGCCCCAACCUUUUGAAUCUUCUGCAUUCUCUUCACCAAUCACGCUCGCCUCGCGUUAUCUUGGGACUGAGGACCCACGACCCUGUUCCUGACUGGAUCACGCACGUCGCGCUGUUGAGAGGGAGAGAAGUCGUCACAGGCCCAAAAGAUAUCAUUCUGGGAAAAGAAGCUCUUCGGUCAAAUCAUGCAACCGCGACAACGGCUACUCAAACUGUCACUAACGAAACCGGUGCCGUCGUUGCGGACCUGAAAAAUGUACGGGUUCAGUACGACAGUCGCAUCGUUCUGCGUGACAUCAAUUGGCAAAUUCUCCAGGGUGAACGAUGGCAUUUGCAAGGCGAAAACGGCUCGGGAAAAACUACUCUACUUUCGAUUAUCACAGAAAUGUUUGACGCCUUCCCUCGCAAGCCCGGAAUGUCCGUCUGGGAUGUCGUCGGGACGGGCUUUGAUGGUACAUUCGUAUCACGCGGAAAACACAACGUUGGAACUGGUGUAAUGCAAGAACUUGCCGAACCUGACGUGCAAUGGAGAGUGACUAGAUGCAAAGAAGUCAUUGACGCUCUGGGACCCGGAGCCUGGGGAGGCGAACAUUCUAGCGAGGACGCAGCAAAGUUCCACAGCAAAGAUUUCGUUGAGCUUUCAGUCGGUGAACAAAGGAUGGUGUUGCUCAUGCGUGCAUUGGUCGGACGACCACAGCUGGUCCUUCUUGACGAGGUCUGGAGCGGAAUGGAUGAAGGCAUGGUGAGUGCGGCCAAGAAAUAUCUUCGAGAAGGAGGCGUCACCAAGGAUCAAGCUGUUAUUGUCAUCACCCAUUGGGAAGACGAAGUUCCCUGGGGUGUUCAAGAUGGAGUCAAGAAGAUACGUCUCGAAAAAGGACAUGGCAGUAUUCUUCAGUAAUUUCUUUUUGUAGCAAGUACAAAUAUACA